UUUUUAAGUGUGUCCUCUUUUUGCCUUUGCCUUUUUUUUUUAAAUACUAAUUAGCAUGUGGCGUUGUAUGAUAGGCGAUAGAAAUCGAUUUUAACCACCAAAAGUUCUGUAAAUAUGUUUCCUUCUUUCAUUGAAAUAAUUUAACAAGACAAAGUUUAGAAAGAGCUUUAGUCGAUCAUUAAUGUCAUCUUCAGCGAAGACAUAAGCAGAAAGUUUGUCAGUUAGCCGCAAAGCUAAAAACAUAUGUAGCUAGCGGCAUCUGUAUCCGUAGCUUGGUCACGUUGUCACGGAUGCUGUUUUAGACGUCUUAAAGUUUUAGAAAGUCGUUAGCAGUGUAAGACCAUGGUAGUCUUACGAGACGGAAUGUGUCCUGGACUGGAUAAAGAUUUACUUCGUGAUCUGCGUGCUGCUGAUAUCAGGACAGUGGAAGACCUGGUCUCGUCUAACAUUGAAGAGCUUGCUCAGAAAUGCUCCGUUUCAUAUAAGGCUCUGUUUGCUAUCCGCCGAGUGCUGCUGGCCCAACACGCAGCAUUUCCUGUGUCAGGCGCUGAUCUUUAUGAGGAACUGUUGAGCUCCACAGCCAUCCUGUCCACUGGAAAUCCCAGCUUAGAUAAACUGCUGGAUUCAGGCUUGUACACUGGAGAGAUAACAGAGCUGUCAGGAGGCCCGGGAAGUGGAAAAUCUCAGGUGUGUUUCGGUGUUGCCGUGCACGUUUCUUACCAACUGAAACAGAAUGUGAUAUAUAUCGAUACGACGGGAGGGCUGAGCGCCAGCCGCUUGCUGCAGAUGCUUCAAACUGAAACCAGAGAUGCAGACAAGCAGAUGGAGGCCCUUCAGAGGAUUCACAUCUUCCAUUUGUUUGACGUCUACGCCCUGCUCGACUGUCUGUACAGUCUCUGCAGUGGGGGGCUUCAGCAGGCGUCUGUUGGCGGUGGCUCUGUCAAGGCGGUGAUCGUGGACUCUGUGUCAGCUGUUAUCUCUCCUCUACUGGGAGGCAGACAAAAUGAAGGCAUGUCCUUGAUGAUACAAGUAGCAGGAGUUCUUAAGACGAUGGCAAAGGACUUCAACGUAGCCGCUCUGGUAACAAACCACGUAACGAGAAGUGGCAGUGGGGAAGUGCAGCCAGGACUCGGUGUCUCAUGGAGCCACAUUCCCAGAACCCGGAUCCUGCUGGAGCUGGUUGAGACGGCAGCGUCUGUCGGCCACUCCGGUCUGCGCUCUGCGACUCUGAUCAAGUCUUCCAGACAGUCCUGUCACAUCAGAGAGCAGUUUGACCUGCAGUGGUGGAGCCGAAGUGAGGAAGGGUCCUCGGGAAAGAGGAAACUGGAUGAGACCGAUUCCUGAUGAGGACAGGCCGUAGUCCUCUGUCACAGACCCAAGGGAGGUACGACACGCCUCUUGCGGAUGCAUUCCCAGAUCCAGCUGGGUGAGACUCUCUGAGCCUGGCUGUCCUCCUCGGGUUCAGCCAGCGUAUGUGUUGCUGAGGAGGCAGCGUAAUCCGGUACAAGGUCUCCGUCAUAAGCCAGGAAAUACCUCCUGAGUUUGUUGAAGUCCUGCACGGAGGCGGGCAGGAACAGCUUCACCCCGCUGAAGAUGUCCAGCAGCGUCUACAGGAAACACAAAGGAUCAAAGUCAGCGUUAGUUUCCCCAACAUACCGGGACACAAGGCACAAGUAGUGCUCAGGUUGCUUAGCAACCGCCUCUACAGCUGCCUGCAGGAUAUGCAUCUAUAAGGCUAAAAGUAAUUAUGAUUAUGUUAGAAAUAAACAAACCUACAUUUGUCUUGCUCUGUUCAGUUCUGACUACACUUAAACUUAAGUUUCAUGUUGUUUAAAGCUGCCAGGAAAUCAAAACAGACUCGAUGCGGGUUUAAGACACACGACACUCAGGCUGUUUUCCUCUGAGACGUGACUGAACACAUGCUGCUUCAAGUCUUAAUGAAUUAAAUGAGUUAUUUGUAUUAA